CUCGAAACACCAAAGUCAUCAACCACCACAGGCCAACACUUCCAUCCCUCGUCGUCACAGUCGCCUUCCUCCCCCAAAGACGACCUAUUACCCCUUCCCAGAAGAAGACAAGAAGGGAAUCAAGAAGAAUCAAGAGCAGGGAAUCCCAGAAAGAGAAGAGAGUCAUCGGCAUUGCUCUCGCUCAUCUCCCAGGAGGCACGCAACGGACGGAAUUGACCCCAUAGUUCACGCUAUCGUCGGUCAACCUUUCUGCCUCAAUCGACUCAGAUCCAAACUCUUCUCUCUCGUCCUUUUUUUCGAACGCCCUCGGCCCACGAUCCCCGCGAACGUCGCAAGCCACCUUCCGUCGGCAGCCUGGCUCCUUCUCUCUAGAGAGACAUCUCGCCCGCGUGUCCUUCCCCAAGCUCGUCAUUGCAUUCCACCUGCUUCGACGGCAUCUCCACGGGACCCUCCUCCCCAGCUACCGACAUUCCUCGUCGCGUAGCAGACAAGACCGGUCCUUUUUGCACCUGUUGCUGGAACAUUGCCAGUGCAAAAAGCUCUUGAGUCGCCACCCUUUCUGCCUCGUGCGAUUUCCCUCAUCCAUAAAACCUAAUUAUACCUACCGCCCGCACACAAUCGUCGCUACUCGGCCGUCCCGCUGCGUCUACAACCUCUCCUAAUUUUUUUCGCAUGAAUUGAUACCAAUUUGCAUUUCUCCCGAGUCGCCACAGACUCGACUUCCCUUACCACUAUCGUGCCGGGCGCACGAAUUCGACCUACAAUCGACCUUUUCCUCCAUCCUCCACAUCACAGGCAACUAGACAUGCCUUACACACCUCCCUCCCAGAGCCGGUCGCCUGCGAGCUCAGCACCCUCCUCGCCUGACGUCAGCCGUCGCUCAUCAUUCCAGUCCAGCCCGAGACCCUCAUUACCAAGGUCUUCAUCCUAUCUCACGAAGCACAGAAGGACACCGGCCGCGCCGACAGACACGACCACGAAUGGCUCUUCUGACCAGCCGACACCCCCGGGCACAUCGGACGACUUGAAGGGCAUGGCGACGAGCAACAGCAUCCGGCAAUCACCGCCCCCGCUGACGGACGAGAGGGGUAUGCCUAAAGGCGCUAUCAUCUCCCCGCCAGACUCUGGGAGCGAAGAGGAAGACGUCGCCGAACGCGGCAGGCAGAUUGAAAACCUCAAGGAACUCCAGGAUGCCAUCAGCCAGAUCCCAGUCCAUAGAGAAGCCUCGCCCACCCGCUCCAACCUCGAGCAGCCGGCCCUGGCACUCAUCACCAAGGACGACCUUCCCAAGGAGGGUCUCCCCACUAGCUUUAGCACCAGCUCGCUGGAUGCCCUCGCCAAGACGGUUGCUCGCCGCGUCAACCAUGCAAGAGCGAGCACCGAACCUAGGAUUGUCUAUGACCCUGUCUCGGCCACCGCCUCCGAGUCGGAUUCGGACGGCAACAACCUUCUCGACAGCAAACCCCCCAUGGUGCGCAAGAAGUCUGGUGAACUUGUCCGCCCUGCCCUCCGCCCCGCUUCCGCUCGCCGGCGACCUUCCAGCAUGCCUGGCACACCGACUUUCUCCAAGGCAGUCCACUUCGACUCCCAUCUCGAGCAUGUCCGGCAUUUCCUCCAGGUUGACAGGCCACUCGCAGUGAGUGCUGGGUCCUCGCCAGUCGAUAACUACGACAGUGAUACCGAGUACCCUUUUCCCGGAGAUGAACGCCGCGGUGCCCGAACCCCCCCUUACGAGUGGGAGAUUGUCACGGCAAAUCAUCCUGUUGACACCCCUAUCCGCAAAUCUUUGCCGGUGCGGCUGGAGAGGGUAUGGCUGUCGCCCGAUCAGAAGAAUCUGUUGGGCUCCAUCGCAGUCGCCAAUCUGGCUUUCCAGAAAUCUGUUACCUGCAGGUUCACUCUUGACUAUUGGAAGACGACCUCGGAGGUCGGCGCGGAAUACUCGCACGAGAUUCGCCCUCAAGAGGGUCCCAUUCCCCACGACCGCUUCACGUUCACCAUCAAGCUCUCGGACCUGGCUAAUCUCGAGACCAAGACGCUUUUCUUCUGCAUCAGAUACAACGUGAACGGCCAGGAGUUCUGGGACAGCAACAACGGCAUCAACUUCCAGGUUGACUUCCGCAAGAAGUACCUGCCCCAGAAUGGCAAGCGUGGCCUCCAAGGCGCUGCCGGCCGCCCGGCCCUGCCCCGCAGCAACCGCCGCUCUAGCCCUGCCUCUGCUCCUAGGUCCAAGUCUGUCUCCGUCGGCUUUGACGACUUUCCCAGCCACAACAAGCUCAACUUUGAGCAGCCCAUCCACGAGUACCUGGGCGAGUCGGGCCCUACGGCGGGGCUCCGCCUCAAGGUCAACAAAUCGACCGGCAACCUGGCCAGUGACAAUCUCUCUAGCCGGCUGACGGCCCCCAGCGGCCAGGCAUUCGCCAACCGCUACGAUUUUGGCGCCUCCCUCACUGCGGCCGUCCAGGCCGCAAAGGACACGACCGUCAAGGACCGCAACUCCGAUGAUCUCUAUAUGAAGAGCCAUCGCAAGAUCCAGGUUCCUGCCCAUCAGCCGCAGCAACCGCAUCACUCCCAGCGGACCAAGCCUGCCCCGGCCGCCAACGUAGGCGCGCCCGCCGUCUCCAAACCUGUCGUGCAACCCGUGGCCCCUGGCACCGACUCCCCCAACACGUCGCUCGCCUCGUCGUCGUACGAGGAACUGGUCAACAAAUACUGCUUUUUCGGCUCCAAGCAGUCUAGUCCGCAGAUUAAAGAGGGCACACUGAGAAGCGGAAAAUUUGACGGAGCUGACGAUGGUUUCGUCACCCGGGCCUCCAACAGCACUAGCUCGAGUUCUAACGGCAGCCCGAGCAUGGUCCACCACACCCAGCACGCUGGACCUGCGCAGCACCAUGCCUUCCACCUCCGCGAUGCCAACCCCUACUUCCCGCACCUGGGACCCUACGGUACAUCACCCGCCUCAUCUCCACUCAACCACUCCGCGCAGCACGCCGAGCGGCCUGUCCACCCACGUCCGAACCAGGCUUCCACCCCAGCGACCAUGAGGUCUGCCUCCCCCGCGGCCUCGAUGGGUGGCUUUCCUUUCGCCGGUACGUCGCCGAAUGACUUUCCAUACGCCCAGCAACUGCCGGAGCGAUUUCCAUUCAACACGGAGACUCACGCCGCAACAGCUAUUAGGGGUUAACCACGGCGCCGUUUCGACUCCUCCGUAAACAGCAUCUCUGCGGUCUCGUCAUUCGACGUUCUCGAUUGUGUUUUCGACCACAGAAAAAAAAGGAUUCUGUAGCUCAUCUUUUGGUCAUCGGCGUUUAUGGGCAUUUCGACGCCAUGGGCCAGGGACGGCCAUGGCAUCGUGAGGCGUUCAAAGAGUUUUCGAAGUUCACGGCCCACGAUCCGAUUUGACGACGACACUCCCGAAGCACACGACGGGCAUACAGGAGUCAACGGAACAACAGCCUUGCUUUCUUGGUCAUUUUUUCUUCGUUGCCCAUUCUUGAUGAGCUCAACGCAGUGUCGAGGGAACGAUUUUCCUUAACGGGAUGGUACAUAGGAACGAACGGCAUACAAGGAGUUCCUUUAAUGCAUAAUUCGCUCUUGCCUUCACUCUUGGCCUUCAACAGCGGCUGCUAUUAGCUCGUCGAAUUAUCUCGGGUUUUUUUUUUUUUCUCUCCUUGGUUCGGUUUAUGUGUACGGUCUAAGGAUCAGGAUCCCCAGCACAUGUUAUGGGGGAUUCUAAGAGGAUAUGGGCUAUUACCUGGCUGGUCAGAAUGGGCUGGGGUACAGGGACAGGACAAGAGAAAGUCCUCAUUUACAGUACGUUGAGCAUACCUCCCGUCGCUCGCCAUCGAAGUCGGGCCGGUCUUGGCCAUUUGCGCUGGUACUGCACCGUGCUGCAUCGGCGAAGACGGCUGAACCGGGUCGAAGGGUUUGAGGUCUUGGGAUGGAGAAAAGUUGAUGAACUGAGUCUUGAGAUUGAAGAAUCGACUCGCGUUUGUGUGUCACAAUGGGUAUUGGUCUCAUCUAUUUGGCGUUGGGAAGAUCGAUGUGGUCACUUCAGCAGAAAGCGUUCAGCCUGAGUUGGCUUGAUUAGCUAGGGUAGCAAGGAAAGACAA